CACAUCUUGAACAAGAACCCACAUAUACCAAGGAUAUUAGAGGCGAUGAAAGCACAAGUAACAAUAAAUCUGAUAGUUCAGAUGAAAAUAUUAAUAGCGAUGCAAGUGAAAAUGAAGAUAACCUUUACCAAUCAGCUAUAAAUGAAUUUCAGUGGUUCUACCAUGAUCUUGAAGAUCUCCUUAAAGAAAAUGACCCAGCGCUUAAUAAAAGUGUACUUAAAUUUGUAAAAUUUUACAAGCAACGUCGCUGCUUACAAGAUACUCAUAUCCGACCUUCAAUAUCUUCUUUUUUUCAAUCAUGUAACUGGAAUGAAGGUCGAGUUAAUGGUAAUAGUCAUCAACGAGGAGGCAAGAGAAUUAGAGUUCAAGUUACCGCAGCUGCUAGACGCAGAAAAAGAUCAAGUCGUGGACUUAAAAAAGUUCGACAGAGAAGGCCGAAAAAUAGCACAUAUAAUGAGCAUAAGAAUGAAACACAAGAGGAUCCACACCGUUUUAUUAUACCUCCACAAAAAAAACGGCAAACAAAAAGAGCUCAUGACUUACAACAAGCUUUAAAGGAAAACUGA